AUGGUUUCCCUCGUACAUGGGGCGAGUGUCACAGUGAGUCGCAACAUUACGGUCAAGCCGACACCUGAGCCCCUUAUGGACCCCAGAACUCGUGUUAACAUCACCCUUGAAUGCAUCGGGAGCUCAUCCGAUCUCAACUACUACAUCAAAAACAAGAUCUUCUGGUCCGAGGUUACCGAUACCGGUCAGACCGUAAAGUUGAUGGAUGGGUUUUACUCUGCAAGGGAAACGUGUACAGUUGAUUAUAAUGUAGGUGUUCGCAUGUUGGACUAUUGCUAUGACGAUGCAGCCCACAAUCUCCCAGCUGUUGUAGUGUGUAGUGUUGGUGUAAAAUACAGCGAUGAUGGAGAGUACACAUGUACCCUGAUAGCCGAGAACAAGACUGUGGCUGACAAGAAGACCGUCAAAGUCACUGUUGUCCAUCCUGUGGACUCAGUGAUGCUUACCUUGUAUGACUCCAUGAAUCAUAAAUAUAAAGACUCCAACGCUUCAGUGACUGACCCUACAGAGGCUGUUCAGAUCAAACCAGGCAGCUACAGGGUGGAGUGCCGAGCAAUAGGCAGCAACCCCGCACCAAAAGUUGAGAUCAAAUUUAACGGCACCAGUAUUGCUAUGUCCGAUUCAGGAGAUAAGUCACUUGUCAAUGGUCGCCCAUCAUAUUCUAGCACAGUUAAUGAGACUACAGAGGUUGCUGCAAAGGCCAUGGAUCAGUUGUUCACAUGUGAUGCAAACAUUGCAGGAAUGCUUCCAUUAAAGUGAGGGCCAUGACCGUCACCUCUGGUGCCACCUUGCUAGCACCACUUACCUUCCUAGCAACCAUCGUCAUGGCAGCAGUAACCAAGCUGUUGUAACAAAUUAAUCGUCAAAAUCUAGCAGUGAGAAAUGAUUGACAAAAGUACGAAGAAAGGAAUAGCAAGAGUAGUUCUAUACGAGUAUGAUAACUUGAAAAAAAUAUCAAUUUCAAAAAAUAAUUUAGAAUCUUUCAUUAUUGAAUGGGAACUAUUUAAUGUUAUUGUCACACAAAUUUAGAAUUUAAACUUGAUUAUUGUUGUACCGGUAGUUUGUUUAAAGAGAUCUUUUCACGCUUUGGUAAAUUGACAAAAUUGAAAAAAGUUGUUUCAGAUUCGCAAAUUUUCGUUUUAGUUAUGAUAUUUGUGAGGAAACAGUAAUACUGAACAUUUACCAUGGUCUAAUAGAGCCAUUAUAUGCAUCUUUUGACGAUUUUAAAACCUAAAAAUUAUAAAGCGUUGCAACGCGAAACGAUUGAAUAAUUUGAAGAGUUCUGUUUUUGUCGUUAAAUUUUGUAAAACUACGAAGAUUGCUUAUAUAGGGUAUAAAAUACGUUCAGCAUGUGUACUCGGCGGAAUAGCUCAGUAGGCUAAAGCGUUUUUACUUCAGGACUCUGGCAGGACACCAGGGGUCACUGGUUCGAAACCUGCUCCGGGCAAUGUUCUUUUCCUUUUUUUAAUUUUUUUCUUGAUUUUUUACUGGAGCUUUUACGAUCCAAUGUUUACAUUUAUCAAUAUAAAGCAUUUAAUGAAUAAGUUUAAAAAAUGCCAAAAUCUGUGAAAAGGCCCCUUUAAAACCUACUAUUUGUAAAUGCAUUUUAUUGUUUUGUAAUGUCUUUUCGUCUGUUAUUACAACUUCUACAUCAUUGUUUUGUCUUUACUCAAUGAAAAAUGUAUAUAU